CAUAUUGGCACAGUGUUUGAAUCAGCUAUUACAUCCAGAACCGCGGACUCAGAUCUUGACACUUGAUCAGUUUAGGUAUUUUCACAUUGAUAUCUAUGAGGAUUGAUGCAGCAUUCGAAAGUGCUGUACGAGAAGGGCAUCAUUAAAAACCGUAAAAUGUUAACACAAUCACAAUAUGAAAACUAUAAACUGGUGUGUCGCUUGGAGCACAUCAAGACCUUAUACUCAUCCAUCAAGGCGAUUUGUUUUAGUGAUUUCGGUACUCUGCAAGCCAGUGAAGAUGGGCUACUCAUCACGGUGGAGCAGGGCAAAUCCAUACAGGCCACAUUGUUUAUAGCUCCAGCAUUUUUUGCCGAAUUUAAGGUCGACGGCUCGCCGAGCUUCAGUGUGAAGAUGAAUGUGCUGGCGGAGUGCCUGAGCCUGUUUGGUCUCUCAGAUUGCAGUAUUAAAAUACUGUAUAAGGGCGAAGGUGCACCAUUGCUGCUGUUGUUAGAGCCUCACGAUGACGAUCAGGUUAGCACAGAGUGCUCCAUUAAAACUACCAAUGUGGAGGAGCCAAUGGAGUAUGACCUGGAUGCAAAUAGUUCUAGUUUGAACACCAUAUUUAUGCGAGGCCCAGAUUUAUCCAACAUCUUUCAUGAGCUGGACAAAGCAGCAGAUGAAUUCGAAUUUACCAUAUCACCGUUAAAGCCACAUUUCAAAAUCAUCACUUUGGGUGUCAUGCAAGCAGAGUCCAGCGUAGAGGUGGCCAAGUCAAGUGAUAUGGUUAUAUUGUUCAACUGUCGCGCGACAACGGUGGCGAGAUACAAAAGUCAGCAAAUAAAGCUGACAAACAAAGCCAUGCAGGUGGCCUCAAAGGUGGCAAUAAAAACUGAUGCCAGCGGGCUGCUGGAGAUGCAUUUCAUGAUGCAGUGCGAUGAUCAGGAGGAGAUGUAUGUUCGAUUUUUCAUUACACCAUUGUUAGAAGUUGACGGCAAUUGAAAUAACGAUUUCACGGCCAUCUGGCAACACUGUA